AUGACCCAGCUUCCACUGGACGACGAAUCGCGGACACGCUACAGCAACGCCGAACUUCAUGCGUACUUUGAGAGAAUCAAGCUGCCCCAGAAAUAUCGCGACUCAAUUGUCCUCAAAGACCCGACUCAGGCUCUCACAAAACAGCAUGGACUACCUUUGCUCGUGGCCCUCACAAGGCAUCACACUUGCAAUGUCCCGUUCGAGAACCUGGUGCUGCACUACACUUCUCACAAGGCCGUGACACUCGACCUGACCGCGCUCUUUCAGAAGUUUGUCCGAAGACAGCUGGGCGGUCGGUGCAUGGAGAAUAAUAGCUUCUUCGCGACCGUUCUCCGAUCGCUCGGCUACGAGGUGCGGAAUUGCGCCGGUCGCGUAUCGCGCGCCAUGAGCCCCUACACCGAAGUCCGACGCAAUCAAGGCGACACAUACGACGGCUGGAAUCACAUGCUCAACUUGGUAUGGCUUGAGGACGAAUGGUAUGUCACCGAUGUUGGAAUGGGCGCUAUGGGCCCCAAUCUUCCAUAUCCGUUGCGAGACGGGUUCGAGACCGUCAGUGUCGCUCCGCGAGAAAUUCGUAUUCAACAUCGCCCAAUCGCCGAGACUUAUACAUCUCGCUCGGGAAAGGGGCCAGAACCACCCAAGCUUUGGUGCUAUGAUAUCUGCUACAAACCAGACGAUGAAGCCGGCAAGAAAUGGCUGCCCGUAUAUUGCUUUACGGAAACAGAAUUCUUACCUCAAGAUUAUGAGGUGAUGUCCUGGUAUACGUCAAAACAUCCGAGGUCGUUCUUUACUAAGGAGAUCAUGUGUACCAAGAUGAUCAUGGACGAGGGGCUUGAAGUGAUUGUGGGCAACUUGACGCUUUUUAAUCACACCUUGACAAAAGCAAUCGGUGCCGAGCGAACAAUGGUCAAGGAGUGCAAGACGGAAGAGGAUCGCUUACAAGUGCUGGAGGAGAUGAUGCAGGUUCAUUUGACAGACGAGGAGAAAAAUUCAAUUUCAGAUGAUCAGAAGCUGGGACAUGUCAUGUGA